CAAGAAUCUGGCCGGGAACCCCAGGUUUAUACGGGAUCCCGGCCCUGGACUCGAGAAGACGCCCGGUUUGUGAAGGAUAUUCCGGUGAUAUCUCCAGUUUCUUAUCCGUCCCGAGUGGCGCCUCUCCCCGAAGACAGGGCAUCAGCUCCGGCGGAAGAGGGAGCGGAGGAGGACAAAAAAGGGGAAGAUGAACAGCUGCGAAGAGAGGCGAGGAGGAUCGAAUCGGAUGCCCGUGCGAGGAGCUUUUUUGCUAUUCAAGAAGAGGAGAAGAUUCCAUUCCCGACGCUCGUCAAGCUUGAGAAGAGGCCACAGAAGGUUCCUAUGGAUCUAAUGGAGGCCAUUCGAGGAGUCCAGGGCAAUGCAAAGCGCAAUUUUGUCGAAACAGUUGAAGCUCAUGUUAAUUUGGGUGUUGAUCCACGUCGAGGUGACCAGAUGGUUCGUGGUGCUUUAACACUGCCUCAUGGCACUGGAAAGUCCGUUAGAGUAGCUGUGUUUGCUGAAGGGCCUGCAGCAGAUGAAGCCAGAGCUGCAGGAGCUGACGUAGUUGGUGGCGAUAAACUUAUUGAGGAAAUUAAAAAUGGAGGGGGCAAACUUAACUUUGACAAGUGUAUUGCAACACCUAUGUUUAUGCCUCGUCUUUCCAAGAUUGCCAGGAUCCUAGGUCCACGUGGUUUGAUGCCGAAUCCUAAACUAGGAUCUGUGACAAGUGAUGUUUCUGGUGCAGUAGAAGAGGCAAAAAGUGGUCGUAUUGAUUUUAAAAUUGAUAAAACUGCUAUUGUGCAUGCAGGCCUUGGGAAGGUGAACUUUUCUGAGGAGGCCCUCCGUGAAAAUAUUGGAGCUUUUGUACAUGCUCUUUUGCUCGCAAAGCCUGUGGGAUUGAAAAGAACUUCCAAAUAUGCUGGAUAUGUGAAGAAUUUCACAUUGAGUAGCACGAUGGGACCUGGAUUUCCUGUUUCAAUACAGUCAUUAUCUGUGGCUGCAGAUCAUUAUAACAAGAUGCAAAUCAAGUAGUGGUCAUUUUUUGCAUUUGCAAUUUUCAGUAGAGCUGGCACGUGGAGUCAGAUGCAGUUAUGCAUGCGCUGCCUAAUUUUAUAGCUACCCGACAAUCAUAUAUGCAAGAUUGUAGUUUUGUAUCAACCUGACCUAUCUGAGGUCUAGGUACUGCCACUGUUGUUCCUCUAAAUGACGUUUUGGUUGCGGAUUUGACCAUGUUCUCCUUGAUGGCAACUGUGGAUGCUGCAACAGGAAUUGUUGCCAUCACAACCUGCUGCUUUACCAGAUGCGAGGUGCUUAGGGCUAGUUCUUAACUUGAGGCGCCAAUUCUUUUUUCUUUUUCUUUUUUUUGCUUUUUUAGUGUGUAUGUUAAUGGCAACAUCUGCUUAUUUCUCUUUCUUUUGCCAAUGAUUUCACUUAAAAUCAAAGAUUUGCUGCAAUGUUGUUGCUGUAAAGUAACAGUGGUAGUGUGGUACCAACCCUUUUGGAUCGUGAUUCAUAAGCUCUAGUUUUUUAGCUUAUUUUCUUUUAUUUUUUCAGUGAAAAAUGAUGCUGUCUGGAUAAUUAUUUAGAGGACUUUUGAGCGGGAAUGCCAUUGUCACUGAAUAAUUUUCUAUAGUAAUCCUUGUGCAAAUAUGUUUGCAGUGUUGCU